AUGUUUUCGUUUGCUAAAAGAUUAGUAGAGACUGCCACGGGUGCAAGUUUGGAUGGAAGAGAUGAUUCGUACUUCAAAAACACCUUGAAAAUGAACAACAAUGGUUAUGGCCUUCGGGUGGUCCAGGUUUCUCCACAUUCUAUCGGUGCUAGAUUAGGAUUGGAAGCAUGGUUUGAUUACAUUGUCAAAGUGAACAAUCAUGAAUUGCCUAUGAGUUAUCCUUCGUUAUCUCAGCAUCUGUAUAAGAUAGGCGAAGACGGCAGCAUUAGUUAUGGUGGGGGUCAAUAUACUCAGGAACAAGUUGGACUGAUUGAUUUUGACCAAUUGGCUACUGAGUUGGCCAAGUGCACUGUCACAGAUAAAGUGGUCACCUUAGAAGUGUGGAAUGCAAAGGGUGGGACUAUACGGUUGGUCAAAGUACCUUUAGCAGAAUACAAAGCAGUGGACGAUGAUAUUGAUACUGUUGGAUUCAAAUAUAAUAAUAACAACAAUAACGCUCCUUUUAACCCUGAUGACUCAAUCACCAAAUUAUACAAGAAUAUUUUUGCUCAGAUUGGGUUUGUUGUUCAGAGUCAACAUGUGAGUACUGCCACACAUGUUUGGAGAAUACUAAGGACCCAUCAAGGCUCACCUGCUUUCAGAGCCCAAUUGGUACCCUAUUCAGAUUAUGUGAUCGGGUGUGAAUCUGCGUUUGCUGAAGAUUCCAAUGGUUUAUUGAAUGGAGGUGGAGAAGCUCUUUUCUCCAGAGUUAUUCUGAGUUACUACAAUUAUCACCAAGCAAAGACCCAGAAAGAAACGGUACCUGUGACUCUCUUUGUAUAUAAUCAUGAUUACGACAUUUUGAGACCAGUUUCAGUUGAAUUAUCAAGAUCGUGGGGCCAAAAUAAAGGUAUACUUGGAUGUGAUGUUGGUUAUGGAUUCUUACAUAGAAUUCCUGAAGUUAUGGGGAAAUUCGACAAUAUUCCUGCUCCAUUAGAUGAAGAUACUUUAUUUGUAAACAAUGAUGACAAUAAUAUCGCUGAUGAGAAAACUGUGGAUACUAUGCCAUUUGACGAAUCAAAAGCUAUUAACCCCAUGGCACACCAAAAAGAACUUGAAUUGCAAUCCCAUGGUGGGCCCCCAAAAUCUCCUCAUAAGUCUUCCGUUGGCCCGCCUGUUGAUAUAGGUAACGAAAUCUUACGAACUUCACGCAGAAAGAAACAUUCGGUGAUUAAGGCAGAUGGCUUAAGUGCAUAUAUGAAUGAAGAAUUGGCCAGAUCAAAAGCUCGCGAUAUCCAUUCAGCAACUCAAUCUCAAAAUUCUACACCACCGCCUCCACCUCCAUUAUCGAGGCAUGCAUAA